AGUCACAGCCAGUUGCCAGAUACUGAAAUCAGUGAAAUCGAAGUGACAAUAAUUAUUAAAAAGCUAAGUUAUUUUAACAGGCUAACACUAACAGCAACCCUAGCCCUAGGAGGAGACAUCUAGAGGAAAAUUUAGUCAAGCUCAAGCACAAAGGAGCAUGGUGUCCAUCGACCAGGACAUGUCAUGGCAGUGAGGCCUUGGUGUAGCCCAUUAGUAUGGAGUGGUCCCGAUCAGGAUUAGAGUCCCGACCAUGUUUGGAACUGUUGUCAUGGAAGGUGGACGUGGAGUGGUGUGGGUUCUGGUUCCCGGAGUCACCACCCUCCAGCCCAAGCUCGGGAACGGAUGUUGAUUGGGAAACCGUGGUUGCUGGUCUAGGGCUUGUUGGAAAGCUUCCAAUUUGCUCCCAUUCUGCAACGUCUUCCUACAAAUCGGUGAAGGUAACAGGUGUAUUUCUUCUUCUGGGAAUCGGCAGCUACUUAUGUUACAAGCUGUACAAAGUUUGGUUGUACCAACAUUUUCAAAGGAUUGGGCUAGCUCGAAGAGAUGACAUUAACCCAUCUUCUCCUUCUUCUUUUGCUGAGGGCACACCUGCAUUCAGCUACCACCAUUCGUCUAAAACACCAUCUACUGUAAAUGACUUCUUAAACGUCCAGACCCGUUACUUUGGACCUGUAAAUGGGAAUGAUGAUAACUAUUCUGAAAGUGAAAUGUCCAACUGUCAUGAUUUCACUGCUGCAGCAGUAGGCGAGCAGUCAAGUUGGCGACAAUGGCCUAGAGAAAGAAGAAGGAAGUCAAAACUGAGCUCUCCUCCAUCGGUGAACUCUCGCAAAGGAUGGUUGCUGCAAAGGCUUCAAUCUUUGACCCCGGCUAACUUACAGGUGGGCAACAACAAUGAAGACAAAUGCAAUAACAGGUAUUCACCUCGAGACGGGAACAGCACAGGCACCUCGUCCACAAACUCAAGCCCAAUGUCACACACCCGUCAUUCUGUUUCACGAGACCUAUCUUUUGAUUCUCUGGGACUCUUCUAUCGCACACGGCGUGAAGGUUCCAUCGACAGUAUGUCAUCAGAGCUGAGCUUCGACAUGCCAUCCUUCACUGAACAAUCUGCAGAGAAUCCUACUGUCACCCGAUUAGACAAGUUGCAAGAAGAGAUUGAUCAACUCAAGUCCAACUGUCAGCUGAUGGAUGAGGAGUUUGAGACAGUCAAGUGCAACCGCAAUCUGCCAGGACUGUCUGAUCUGAUGGAGGCUGCCGAACCACAAGAAGGACAGAUGACUAUUGAAGACAUUGUCAGGAGGCAGAGUGCUAAAGCUUGUUUUAAAGGUCUGUACAGUUUGACCACAAUCAACCGCAGCAUGUCCAUGGACCUGUCAUUGGAUGAGGACUCCCCUCAGUCGAGUACCCAGAUUGGAUUGGCACAACUAGACGAAGAGAGACUGCCUAGUUUGGAGUGGGAUGAGGAAUAUUGUCCUGAUGAAGAGAACAAUUGGAAAGUUGCAACCCCCGUCAGUCCAAACCAGUCUUUCAAGCUAGACUCGAGCGGAUAUGGAACCACUUCCCUCACUGGCUCGCAGUUCAGUUGUUUUGAAUACCCUCCCUCUCCCAUGGAUAAUGUCAGCAACAAUUUGAUGAGGUCAGAGUCGUGUGAAAGCGGAGCUGAAAUGUGGAGUAUGACCAGUAGUGUCAGUGAACCCGACAGUCCAAUGGUAGACAACGCAGACACACACUUCAAACCUCUCAACAUUGGCAAUCGUCUGGACAUCAUGUCUUACGCACAACAAGAAUGGACUGGCAACACCCCCAAGUCUCACACCAUCCUCAGAGGUUACAAAGAAAUAGCUGACUCACUUAACUACCAACAUUUGCGCCAGAUCCGAGGAGACAAUUACUGUGCAUUGCGCAGUGCUGUGUUCCAGACUCUAGCACAAGGUCUAGCAGUGCCAAAUGGCGCCGGCGCCAUGGCUCGUAUCAGCCAGGCAAACAACACCGGGGCUCAAUGGUAUCAACAAUGGAAGUUUAACGGCCUUCCGUAUUCUGGCAACAACAUUCUUCGGGGCAUGGAAAUUUGUUUGCAAUCUCUGGAUAAUAUUUCAGCUUUACUACGCAGCAGUAACCGCAGCACACAGGAGAGAGAGGACACCCUGAGUCACCUGCUCAACACAGACCCCAACUUGGACCUGCACAUCAUGGAGGCAGUGAAGCUACAUAUGAUGCUUGCUGCCCUCGACCUAUAUCAGGCUUCAACAAAUGGUGAAGAAGUUCCUCUUUUCUCCAUACUCAUGUACGCUAGAGACACAUCUGAAGUUCCGCUGGAUUUUAUGAACAACCAUCUCAUUAAAGUUGGGGACUCUGGAGGCUUAGAACAGGAUGUUCAUUCAGUGGAGAUGUUUCUUCUCGGCUAUACACUAGGGGUGACUCUCAAGGUGGUGCGCCCCUCGGCCCACGGGACACAGCAGUUUGUCUGCUACUACCCAGACGACCAUGUCUCUACCUGGCCCCAAGUCACCCUAGUGGCAGAAGACGACCGCCACUACAACAUCUUAUGCUUAUAACCACAGUAAAUAACUGCCUCUUGUUCUUAAUAGUACGCUGAAGUCGUAUAUUGUUGUAAUUCCAAAUCCAUUAAUAUAAUCCCUCGGUGGAUUGUUAACCUCUACUUAAAUUAACUGUCACCAAUAUCUCAAAAUGCUAUGAUUAGUUUAUUUUUGUAAACACAAACAGGUAGGUAAUAAUUUAUAGCUUUGUUCCUAUCUAUUCCAAAGUAUUUACAUAAUGUACAACCAAUGCAAGCAUAAUGUACUGUACAUAAUGUCCUACAACUUCCCUAAAAAAGUUGUUCACCAAAACAGGUAGUCGUUGUUUUUACUAUUUCUUCAUUAUUUUUUAUGAUAACUGUAUGUUAAUUCUAAACAUGACAUUUAAAAUAUGUACCUAAUUCCAUUGCUUUGCUCAGUAACCUGUGAGUCGGUGUGAAAAGAUUGGUUAGGAUGAAGUAUAUUUUUGCGAAGUGUUUGAGACACAGUAGUGAGUUUCUAAGAAACUGGAACCAAGGUUUGAAAUAUUGAUAGUAAUAUUUUUGAUAUGGUCAAAGAGGUGCUUUUAUUUUUCUCUGCAAUGCUUUUCAGGCAACAAAUUUUGGAUACUAUAAAUAUAUUUUUGAAUCACAGUACAGUAUAUCAUAAGGAAAAAAAAUAGCUUGUAUGUAAGAAUUAGAAUUUGGUCGUUGCUAUAUCUGAUACAAAUUACACCAAAUAAUUACUUGUUUGAUAUUAUGGUAUUUAAAGUGAUAUUUUUUUUAUGCAAAUGAUUUUGUGUGGAUUAGAUUAUUAUAUAGCACUAAUUUAUAUUGUAUUUUGAUCUGUGCAGAAAGGAUUGAUUCUUUUGUAGAAUUUUUUUGUUUAAUCAUAGAAGUAUUGAACUGUAAAAUAACAAUUUAGUAUGUUAAUUAUUUAUUUAAUGUGUUUUUUUAUGAGUCAUUGUUUGGAAUAAUAAGACAUUAGACUAGCCAUGUAUACGUGUAUUCAAGCUAGAACAUAGUUUAAGUGUUAAAUAAACAUCUAGUCAUUGCCUGUGUAAAAUUUAAUCUUAGGUGUGGUAAAAAAUUGUGUAUAAAUGGAAAAUAGUUUACCAGUUGCCGUAUUGUCUGAAUUCACAAUUAUUUUAUUUAAAUAAACUUUUUCUUUUUUAUAAAUCUCAAUAUAAACAUCAGGUACUUACGUUUUUAAUGGUAAUCUCUAUCAAAGCUUUUACUGAUAUGAUAAGAUGUAUAAUGAACAAUGUAUUAUAUGAAUAUGUAUUAUAUACUGUAAUUAUUUCUAGUCCUAAAUUAAGUUAUCAUUGUUAUAGUCAAUGUAGCUAAAUCAAUCCUGGCAAAUUAAGCCAGACAUGACGUAACUUUAGCAAUAAUAGUACCUCGUUUUUUAUAUUUUUACUAUAUUAUUUUUUUGAAUUUUUAUGGCCUUUUAUUUAUGAAUGUUAUCAGUGAUUUCAACUAUAUAACUCAACAUAGUUUAAGAGUUGGGUUUGAAAGUCUAUAACUUGGUUGAUGGAUUUAUCAUAAAUAUACAUUUUGUUUUUACUAAUAUAAAAAUGGCCUUUAUUGCACAAUAAGGUUUUCACUCAUCCAGCAUAUUAUAUAUACCGCAUUUUAUAUUUUAAUUUCAUAUAAAUUUUAGAAAACAUUUUUUAGUAAUCUCCGUUGUGUUUUGUUAAACGCCGAGAUGUGUAGCUAACCUAGUUCAAUAUUUUAGUUUAUACCAACCACUUUUGUAAACAAUGAUUAGUUUAAAAAUGUUUUUGUACCAGUUUUCCCUGAACAAAAUAUGAAUUUUGUUGUGCGUCUCUUGUGAUUUAAACAAUCAAAGUCAACAACUAACUUCUCCUUGAUUCAUUGCUUAAGUUUACUCAAAUUUGUUCAUUUAAAUUCUUCUUAAGCGUAUCUAUAUCACUUGUUUGGUUCACGAUAACUAUUUAGUUCACUCUGUUUAGUAUCCGCAAGAUUCAUCCCAAAACAAACUUUUCUCAAAUUAUCAUGUAAAUGGAAAUGGCCCAUUACUAACUUGCUAAGAAUUAAUUACAUUUUAACAUCUAAAAAAUACAUUUUUCAAUCCUAGUUUAUGGCCAAUUAUUAGUCAAUGUAAAAAUAUAAAAGACAGUUAAUUCUCACUUCCUAGACUGUCAUUUUUAUUGAUGAACAAGUGAAAUUGCAAUCAAUGAGAUAACGUUUAUUGUUAUUUGGCUCAUUGUUGUUGUGUUAGUUAAGAUGUUAAGAAAAAUCAAAGUGUUAUUUUAUAUUGUAUUGAUGGUGUUAUCAUUAAAAUUAUUUAACAAUAUUUUAUUUGUUGGAUUAAAAUGUAAAACUUAUCAACUUUUCCUUAUUUGUGAAUAUAGCAACGUGUAAGGGAUUAGGAGAAUAAUUUGGCAUUGAGGAAUGCAGACACCUGAUUAAUAUUAACAUUGCCUCAAUAACUGUAAUUAUAUAUUUAUUCCGUCACUUUAUUCUUUUAUGACUUUAUUAUGGUUGUGACCUAAGUUACAGUUACUUAAGAUGAUAAUUUAAAGCAACAUUAGGUUGUUUAGUAUUAUUUUACUGAAAUGUUAUUGUUACCAUUUGUAUUUAAAUUUUUAGCUUAACUCAAGUUUGAUCAAGUACUUGAUUAUUUUCUCCCCGAGAGUAGAAAGGAAUUAUUAAAAACAAGCUGGGCAAGUGUAAAGAAGAUAAUAAUGAUCAGUAUUAAACAAUUCUCAUGAUGAAUCAUACUGUGAGGAUUGUCCGAUUUGUGUUUGAGGAAUUAAGUUUAAUGCUUCAAGUAUACAAAGAAAGUUUGACAGAUGAUAAAUUUAAGUUGUCUACAAUGACACACAGUUUUAGUCUUAAUUCCAAGCCUUUCAGAUUUGUCUGCAACCUAUUGUUUAGUUCAUACAUUUUUGUAAUAGGACAAUAAAAGUCUGCAUGACUUAAGGCAAUCCAAUCUUAUAUAAGCUCAUUGUAAGGUUUUUUUUUUUCAAAAUAUAUUAAGACAUGUUAUGGCUAGGGAUGGGUUGAUUUCAAAAUUAUAUUUUCGAUUCCACCGAUUCUCAGCUUGGGAAUAAAUUGGAACAGGAGCGUUCAAAGUCGACUCUGAUACCGAUACUCGACUAGUCUGUGAAGAUCCGCACGAUCAAAAAAUUACCGCAACUGCGCAAGACCACGAUGACGUUUCCGUGACCGUGGGAGACGACAAUUAUGUCUACACGACCAUGGGAGAUGUUCAUAAUUUUGCCGGGAUAGGGAAGACGAUGAUGUUCCAUUUCCUCGGGGGUUAUUACGGGUUUUGCGGGAGACAAUGACGAUGUUUAUAUGACCACGGGAAAUGAUCAAAAUUUUGCCGUGAUCGUGGCAGACAAUGCAUAUGUUCCGUUACUGUGGGGCUUAUUCGGGGUUUUGUCUUGACCGCAGGAGACAAUGAUGAUGUCCACAUGGCCGCAGGAAAUGAUCAGAAUUUUGCCACGAUCACGGAAGACUAUGAUGUUCUGUUACCGUGUGGAUUUGUUCAAAGUUUUGCCAUUACUGCAGGAGACAAUGACGAUGUUUACAAGACCGCAGGAAAUGUUUUUAACAUAAUGUAAUCUAUGGAAUUGGAAUCAAGAAUUGAGAAUUUAUUUCAAAGAAUUAAAAUCGGAUUUGGAAUCAAAAAUUUCUGGAAUCGGCCUAUAAGUAGUUAUGACAAAACAUAAUUCAUGUAUUUUUUGCACUCAUUAGUUUGGCAUUGAACAUCCACACAAAUUUGCAAAAGAAUAAAAAACAAAACUUGAUAUAUACUUACUCUUUUAUUAAAUAGGGUGAUGAAUAGAUAAAUACCAUUUCUUCGAAUGUAUAUCCCUAGAACGUUUUUCCUAUAUACGUUUUACCUUAAGCUCGUAAUAUUGAAUGUUUUGUUUGCACAAAUAUAUAAAGUACAGUAGUGGUGCCUUCUGUUGGUAAGAUAGUAUUUUUAACAUGUACAUGUUGUACAUUGUAGAUAAGCCCAUGUGUAGCAUGAUGAGUAUACCAAAGCGCUUGUUGAAACUAGAAAAAUCUUAAUUCUCAAAAACUUUCUGAAUGGUUAAUCAUUUGAUUUUAACAUUGUGUUUCUCUUUUAUGUUCAGGGUUACACAUUAGUAGUGAAGUAAUGCAGUUUUUCUGAUAAAAAAUUAAAUGGCAAUGGCAUAUUUCCAUUUGAUGCUAUGUGACAUUUAUAUACAGUAUUUAAAAAUGAUUUUCCAUCCACCAAAGUUUUUGUGAAUAUCACAUUCAUUCAAUUGUUCUCCAAACAACUUGAUUUAUUUCCAUGCACACAGCUAAAAUAGUAAAAUUUAAGGAUAAAAUUGAUUGAAAUUAUAAAAGCUUAUUUAACUAACUACCUUUGGUUGAUUUGUAGUUUGGUAGUAAGUCUACUGUUAUUUAAAGUAGAUAAUUCUAUUGCUUAAUAGAGCUUUAUGUGAGUAAAAAAAUCAGUGUUUAAAUCAAACUGCCUUUAAUAUAUUUGAUGGAAAAUAGAAAAAAAAAAUAUUUAAUUCAUUCAUACUGUCUGAAUUUUAAUUGAAACGUUUGAAAUGGAGAACAAUAAAAGAAUUAAUAUGGAUUUAGGUGAUUUGUUGGCUCUUGUUGUUGCUAAGAAAUAAAUAUUUAAUUUUA